ACGCGAUCUGAUUGGUCAAGUGAUCCAAUGCAACCAAUCAACACACGUGUAUAUCCGAUCCUGGUCUGUCCAUUUACUUGGCGUGAGAAGAAAUUUGGGCUGAGCGCAAGUUUAUUCCACGACUUUCAUUACAACUUACUGAAGUAGCUACUUUAAUACUUGAAAAGAAUUAAUUAUGAUGUCGAACUGUGACAUCUCAAGUGAAGAGGGCGCCGUCAGUCGGGUCUUUGUUGGCAACCUUAAUUCAGACAUAACAUCCAAGCAGGAUUUAACGAUCAAGUUUAAAAGAUAUGGAAAAGUAAUGGGUGUCGCCAUCCACCGAGGCUAUGCGUUUGUCCAGUUUUCUUCAGUCAGUGAAGCAGAGUUAGCAGUUAAGGGAGAGCAUGAUACAAUGUUUAGAGGCAAGCGAUUAGAUUGUAAUAUUGCUGCUGAUAAAAAGAAUAGACGGUAUGAACCAGAUCGCAAAAGUGAUGACCGAGAUCGAAACCGAAAAUAUAGUCGGGAACGUGAUAGGGGAGCUAGUGAAUACAGUAGGGAUCGUGACUUUGAACGUUAUCCUGAUUAUGACCGUGUUCCUCCAAGACGUGACCGUUCACCAUUGCGAGAUGCUUAUGAUGAAUCAUAUAGAGACCGUGUUGCUCUUCGGCGGGAUGAACCAGGAAGAAGAGAAAGGGAUCGUGAUCCGUAUUAUGAUGAUGUGUACAGAAGGGAAUCACGUCGUGAUCCACUGGACCCAUACGUUAGACCCCCAACCAGGGAUAGGUAUGAUGCACCAUUGGAACGCAGAGAACCAGCCAUACGAGAUGAUCCCUACAGAGACAGCAGAGAAUUCGCUCGUGAACGAGAUGACCCCUACAGUCUUCAUUACAGAAGAGACCCGUAUGACAGAGAUUACGAUCGUCGUGUACCGCCCGGGGCGUCUAUACCAGCACCACCUGCAGCCAUCGAUGAGUUUGAGAAACCGAUUGAUGCCGAGAUUUUAGUGGUAGAUAAACAACAAAGAGGGUACGCUGAGAUCGUGGAACGCCGGCUUAAGGAGCAAGCCUUGAAUGUUGGCAUGAUCUUCCUGAGUACUGAAUUAACGAUGAUGAAAGCGCUGGAAGAUGUGACCCGUCGUGAUGUUCUGUAUGCGAUCGUCAUAACAAGCCAACACGAGCUUCACCGCUCUGUAACACUUAACAUCUUGCACGGCACUCCACAAGAACACAGAAAUAUGCCUUUAGAGGAUGCUAUGAAACUCAUAGUGAAAAACUUUGACAGUUAUAUGCAAGCAUUACGAGAAAAAAGCAAGGGUAUCUCCGCAGAAAAAGGUCUCGGUUCUACCGAUCCUAAGUUAGCUAAACUCCCCGCAGUAGUAUCUGAGGCCAUAAAUGAGCUUACAAUGCCUCAACUCUUGAAUCUGCUUGCCGAUGGAAGACAGUUGACUAUUCCAGAAUUGACGCGAGUUAUUAGUCAUUUGUCCAAUAUCCGUCAGAAAAUGAUGGUUCUUGAAGGUGUAGCACCUGGCAGUGUCACAGGUGAUGCUUCAGUGCCAUCAAAUGCUCCGCAAGCUAUGCCACCUGUCACCAGCAACACUGAAGAACUCCAAGCAAAGAUCCUAAACACCAUUUCGUCUGCAGGAGCCGUACCGAAUGCCGGCCCUUUGAAAACUAAUUUAGCAGCACCACCUGAUAACACUAAAAUAGUUAGCCAGCCUAAGCCAACGCCUGGAGGAGAUAUGCCGGCUGCGAAUCUAAACCUGGACAAUCCAAACAUCCAGAAAGCACUGAAUAGCUUGAUCCAGAUCAAGCCUGGAGUUCUGCGAAGUCUUGUUGGAAGCACAGCGACAGAGACAACCCCAACGAUGGUCACUGCUGACAGCCAGAAUCGGCCAAAUGAAUCUAUGAUGUCUAGACAAGAGCAUUCACAAAUGAGCAUUGAUCAAUCACAGCUCCAACAACAACAUCAACAACGUCAACAACUAAUGAUGCAGGAUCAGUAUCAACAAUACCAACAGAAUCAGCAAAACCACCAGCAGCAACAGUUUAUGCAACAGCAGCAGCAGUUCAACCAACAGCCGCAGAUGCCAUUCCAGCCGCAGCAGCCGUUCAACGGACCAGUGCAGCGGUUUCCAAUGGCUCACCAGCAAGCCCAGAUGCAAGCCAACUUCCAACAGCAGCAGCAACAGCAACAAAUGUUCUAUGGAAUGGGCCAGAGAUAUUAAAGUACAGAAAACCACAGGAAGUUAGUUGUGCUCUGAAGUCAGUCUUUUGCAGUUAAGAUCAAGAAGUCCAGCUAGGUUUUUCAUUGUUCUGAAUGCCUGAAGAUACUUUUUGCUGUCCUGGUGAAAGGCAUGUUUAAUCUAAGUCAUGCAGACAUUUAAAAGAUCUCUAAUUAUUUUUUACCCUGUCCGAAUUGUAUCAAAGUCAAGUGUAUCUAUCUACUAACACAGUUUGAUUUUGAUAGAAAAUACAUUUGUUACCCUUAUGGUAUCUAAUUCGAUUUUCGUUUAAAAUUUAUAAAAGUUAUUUUGAUACCAGGAUUCUGAUGAUAUCUGCCGUGAAGAUAAAAUUGAAAAAUAUUUCUAAUUCUGACGAUGAUAGUAAUGUUAUAGCUACAGAAUACAGUGUAACAAUUUUGUGUUUUACACUCUACAAUAUUGAUAUAACAAACUUUUAUCAUGAUUUUAAAGUUUUGUCAAUAAUUAAGAUUUAAUUGGAUAAUAAAGGUUUGAUAAUACAUCAUAAAUUGUGUGUGUACAUAGUGUACCAUCUUUUCCUUAAUUGUUUCAAUGAAAAUAUCUCAACCUCUAGUUAUGUAUAUUUUGUUGAUGAAUUGUAAACUUCAGAUUGUGUAAUAAAAGUACAAUUAUGUUGUUCCAUUUAUCGUAAUUAAAAAUCUGUUACUUGGUUUUAAAAUGCAAGGAUUUUUUGCUUUAUAUCCAUUGCUUCAGAUGUUUUAUUAACAGCUCAAAGAAGACAUCGUUGAACAUUUGUGGAAAAAAACAACAGUGGAAAAAGAAACAACUACAGAACAGUAGUAUUUUAAUUGGAAAAAAUGAAUCAUGGGUAAAAUAAUGUUUGUACAUUUUUAAAAAGGUUUUUACUCUUUCGUGAAAUUCAUCACAAUAGUUCCUCAAGUUAAUACAUCAGGUUACGAUGUUACACCGUGAUAGAGAUGAUGGAGUUUUGCUCUUUGUUGUUUUGAUACAGAAAUCAUUGUAUGCAUCAAUAAAAUUCUGCAUCCAGAUAUUUUUUUUUUUCAUCUUCUAACUUCAAUGAUUUGCAAAAAAAGAAAAGAAUGAUUGAAAUAUGAUUGUACCAUAGCCUUGCAUGUUUCUGUCAGUUGUUAAGUAAAUUUGUAACAAUAAUAAAUAAAUUUUUUACAAUUAUUACAACAAUAUACAUGUUUGCACAAGUGAGAAUUUAUGUUCCAAAUUUGUUAUGAGUUUUGUACUGUUUACAUGAUUGAUUUUGAAAAUUAUAAUUUCUUUACAAUGGUUGUGUUUUAACAUUUCUUUUUCAUCAUAUUUGAUGCACUUUGUAAAAAAUUUACUUCAUUAUUGCUGAACACUGUUUUUUAUGUCCUGUAUAGGCCAAUUUUUUAUCUUUAACGUUGAAAUAGCGUCAGUUGAUGUUUAAAAUUAAUUGUACCACAAUGCACAGAAAACAAGAUUUCUCAUAAUCACGUCAUAAUUAGUGCUUGCAAAAAGUCGAAUUAUUCUCAUGAAUUUUUAAUGUUUUGAAGGAGUCACGGAGACAAUGAGCGUACACAAUGUCUACCAAAGACCAAACAGCAUAUCAGAUGAUAAUGGGGGGAGGAGGGGGUGAUAUUGUUUUUGGAAGAAAGUAAAUCUACAAUGAACCGAACAUGCUGUAUAUAAUUUUAGGUUUAAUUUUAGGCUUGCCACACAGUUUAAACGUACUAUAAUUAGGUGUACAAAUUUUUGCUAUUGCUUAAUGCUAGUAUUUAGUUGUCUAAUAAAAUGUAGCUUUUGAAUACUUGA